GAGAAUGCAGUAUCUCAGUCACUACACCCUCUCCACCAGCAGCUGAUUCAUCAGUUUUAAUCACCAUGAUGGAAAUAUCACGUGUUCACCCGUCCAUUAGACACACAAACAGCGCGUGAGUGAAGAAUAUACUACAACCCAAUCGUCAGGGCCCAUCCGAAAACGGGUGGACAAAAUAACCCCAAUACGAGUGUAUAAACAGUGCGCAAGCGCAGUGCCUUAAGGCGUGUGUACAUAGAAAUUUAGCACCGGAGUCCAGACAUUUGCAUAGAAUUAAACUCGUAUUUUUAUUUUCUGUCUCAUAAUGACCGGAUAAUAAACAACAGAAGAUGGAAAUUUGCUCAGAGGCGGACAGUGUGGAGUUAAGGCGUGAACACUGGAAGCUUCUGUCCAACCUGAAAACGACCGUGGAAGGACUUCUGUCUACAAAUAAUCCAAACGUGUGGUCUCGCUAUGGAGGACUGCAGCGACUUCACAAAGACAUGAGCAACAUCCUGAGUCAUGGCCUCAAACACGAACAGGUGUACUAUAAGCAGAAGGAUUACUGGCGCUUUGUGUGGUGUCUGCGAUCCAUCAGUCCCAAACUUGCACCUCAUGUAGAACUGUUCAGUCAAAUGGAGCCAGUGUUCAGCAGCAGUGUUCAGUGUGAGAGUGAUAAAGCAGAGCGUUGGCUCCUUCACAGCCUGCAGAGUCACACACUCUCCAUACAACUAAAACCCCUGAUCACACAACACAGCACGACCCGCAAAUACUAUACAGAUGAGGCGUUUCUUCUGAGCGAUCUGCAUGUGGCAGCCAUGUUUCAGUGUUUGGAGGCGGUUGAGCAGAACGACGUACGGUUACUUGCUCUUAUCAACACUACUCGCCUGUUCCACUUGAAGGAGUGUGUUCCUGUUGAUUUGCUCUCCUCUCAGCAGUGUGUCCUAUCUGGAGUUUCCAUACGCACACACACUCCAUCCUGCUCAUUCAGAGACAAGACAAAUACUUUACACACCGAGAGCAGUACAGAUGCAGCAGUGACUAUAAGUGCCACAGGGGCACCGUGGACAUGUUUGAGCACUGACCAAAGCAUCGUGGACCAAGUGAUGACCCAGAAUUCUCAGACUGGCUCCACCCAACCUGUUAACCCUGCCCCCUCAGAGGGCGGGGACUGCGAUGGUGAUGAUGGGCCUGAGUAUCUCGCCAUCGGGAAUCUGGGGAGGCGGAGCCGCAGAGGUUCCAGCAAUUCAGCACUAAGCACAGAGACUGUUCAGAACACAGGCCAUACUCACGAAGCUCCGCCCAUUUCUCAAAGACGCAGCUCCUUCUCUGAUAUGGAAAGGGGAAAGAAACGAAGCUUCAGGGGUCAUGCAAGGUCACUCUCUGAUACAGGUGUCAUGCAGAAACACAAACAAGGAGGGAACCAGAGGAAAAUCACCAUUAUAAUAGAGGACCCUGCUGAAGAAUCAGCUGUGGAUGGGCAGAUUGUGAGUAGUUUCGGGCCUUUCUCCCCUCACAGCAGCGACAGCAGUCACAGUUCUCUCUACAUGGAGGCUGAAACUGACUAUUCGAAAAAGGACUUCGAAAGGCCUGAAAUGACAGGGGGCCAUCAGUAUAGUGGGUCUGAUGGGUUGUUCCGGAAGCCGUCAGAGGGUCAGAGUUUGAUCAGCUACCUGUCUGAGCAAGACUUUGGCAGCUGUGCAGAUCUGGAGAAGGAGAAUGCACACUUCAGCAUCUCUGAAUCUCUGAUUGCUGCCAUUGAGCUGAUGAAAUGCCAGAUGAGGGUAGAGGAGGCAGAUGAGGAUGGAGACAGUGACUCUGAGAUCCAGCAGCUCAAACAGAGGAUCCAUCUGCGCAGACAGCAGAUCCGCCGCAGCCGCUUCCAGAAGCCCGGCUCCACCCACCACACUCUUCCCUCUACAGACAGUGGUGGAUCAUUGCAGAGUUCGAGGGAUUCUCUGCUUCACACUGACUCUGGAUCAGCUGAUGAAGUGGAGGACCUUUUGCUAAAAGAUGAAGACGUUAAACAGAGUGUAACGCUGAGCAGCAGAUCCUUUAUUACCUCUGAGACUCUGUCUCAUUGGUUGUUGCAGUCAAAUAGUGCUGAAUCCGUUGCAAUGGGGCUGCUGCGUCAGUUUGAAGGUCUGCAGCUUCCUGCUGCCUCUGAACUUGAGUGGCUUGUCCCUGAACAUGAUGCUCCUCAGAAGUUGCUGCCAAUGCCUGACUCUGUGCCGAUCUCUCCCGAUGACGGCGAACACGCUGACGUGUAUAAACUGCGAAUCCGUGUGAGGGGGAAUCUGGAGUGGGCACCUCCGCGACCUCAAAUCAUUUUCAACAUACAUAAUGCCCCAAAGAGGAAAGUGUUGGUGGUGAAGCAGAAUUACAGGUGUGCAGGAUGUGGAACUCGAAUUGACCCAGAUUACAUAAAGAGGCUGCGUUACUGUGAGUACCUUGGCCGGUAUUUCUGUCAGUGUUGCCAUGAGAAUGCAGUUGCUGUGGUGCCAGGGCGUGUCCUGUGGAAAUGGGAUUUCAGUAAAUACUAUGUCAGUAACUUUGCCCGAGAUCUGCUGGGAAAAAUUGCCCAGGAUCCUUUGUUCAAUCUCGAUGACAUAAACAGUGGCUUGUACAAGAAGGUGAAGAACCUGGAGGCAGUGCGGGUGUUGAGGCUGAAGCUGUUCCACAUAAAGAACCUGUUUAAAACCUGCCGCCUGGCCAAAGAUCUCCUGCAGCACUUUGACUCAGUUCCUGCACACCUAACUGAGGAUCUCCACCUAUUCUCUCUGAAUGAUCUGACGGCCGUGCGCUCUGGCGACCUUGCACCCAAACUGCGUGACCUUGUUCAGGCAGGGUCAGAGCAUGUUGCUUCCUGUGUGCUGUGUCAGGCAAAGGGAUUCGUGUGUGAGUUCUGUGGGAAUGGUAAAGACAUCAUCUUCCCCUUUGAGCUGAACAAGUGUCGCCGCUGUGAGGAGUGCAGUGCGUGUUAUCACCGAUCGUGCUUUAAGAACAAGAGUGUGUGUCCAAGGUGUUGUCGUCUGGCUGAGAGACGAGAGAGGAUGAACAGCACAAACACAGAAGAGGAGGAGGGGCAAUAACACACACACACACACACACACACACACACAGAUACACAGAUUUAAAUUAAAUGUAUAAUGUCUAAUGUCUUACUGCAGUUGCUGACUCGGCCAUUUUGUUAAUCUUUUUUUUUUUUUUUUUUUAAUUUCAGAGAUUUUUAUGUCACAAAAAAAUCAAUGUGUUUAAAUUAUUUACUAAAGUGUGUGUGUGUGUGUGUGUUUCUGUCUGUCUGUCUGUUUGUGUGUGUGUGUGUGUGUGUGUGUGUGUGUGUGUCUUAUCAGCACUUUGUGUUUUACAUUGAACAGUGUUUAAUCCAGUAACACAGCACUAAUGUCUCUGCUACCAUUGCAUUGUGGGUAAUAUAAGCCAUUCAGCCCUUGUUUAAUCAGGAGUGCAACCCAGUAAAAAUGUUAGCAUGAUGCUAACUGUGAGUGAAAUCAUUGUAGGGUUAUUAAUGCACAUACAAUUUUUUAUAGAUUCUAGUCUUCAGUCUGUGACUGAUUGCAUAAAUAAACACACUACUGUGUGUGUGUGUGUGUGUGUGUGUGUGUGUGUGUGUGUGUGUGUGUGUGUGUGUGUGUCCAUUAACCUGAAGCUAACAUGAACAACGUGUGUGAAUCAGUUUCACUCCCCAUAUCACUUCUGAUUCUGUUCACUUUAACCUAAUUUACUUUUAUCUUAAAAAACUUAAGAUUCAAAUGCACUACUGAGAAACUGUAUAUGAAAAUGAAAUGUCAUAUAUAAAUUUAUUAUUAAAGACAAUCAAAUUGUU